GGCUGCCAAGGGAGCGCGAUCGGCCCCACGUCACUCGUGCCACUGGUAUAAAUGCUGUCCCGCGAUGUCCAUGGCUGUCGGCGCGGCGGCUCCCGCGACUUGACUGCAGCAGGGCUCCGGGAGGCAGCGCCGCUCCGCGCCCUUCGGCCGCCGGGACCCGCCGGGCGGCGGCGGACAAGGAGGACAAGGAGGAGGAAGAGGAUGCUGCGGGCCUUGGUAGCGGUGUCCCUGUGGCUGCGGGUGAGCCCGCGGGCGCAGGGCGCGCCGUGCGAGGCGGUGCGCAUCCCCAUGUGCCGCUCCAUGCCCUGGAAUAUCACCCGCAUGCCCAACCACCUCCACCACAGCACCCAGGAAAACGCCGUCCUCGCUAUCGAACAGUACGAGGAGCUGGUGGCCACCGGCUGCAGCCCGGUCCUGCCCUUCUUCCUCUGCGCCAUGUACGCUCCCAUCUGCACCCUGGAGUUCCUCUACGACCCCAUCAAGCCGUGCCGCUCCGUCUGCCAGCGCGCCCGCGACGGCUGCGAGCCCAUCAUGCGCCGCUACAACCACAGCUGGCCCGAGAGCCUGGCUUGCGACGACCUCCCCGUCUACGACCGCGGCGUCUGCAUCUCCCCAGAGGCCAUCGUCACCGACGUGCCGGAGGAUGUGAAGUGGACGGACUUCACACAGGGCUUUAUGGUCCCGGACAGACCCCUGGAGCCUGACUGCAGGAGCCGCAGCCAGGAGCGGUGCAGGUGCAAAAAGACAAAGCCUACGCUGUCAACCUACUUGGCCAAGAACUACAGCUACAUCAUUCAUGCUAAAGUAAAAAGCAUAGAAAGAGGGAACUGCAAUGAGAUAACAACUGUGGUUGAAGUCAAAGACAUACUCAAGUCUUCAACGCCAAUUCCUCUGUCCCAAGUGCCUCUUCUUACAAAUUCCUCCUGUCAGUGCCCGCCUCUUCAACCAAAGCAGGAUGUUCUUAUCAUGUGCUAUGAGUGGCGCUCAAGGUUGAUGCUUCUUGAUGGUUGUCUAGUUGAAAAAUGGAAGGACCAACUAAACAGAAGAUUUAAGAGGUGGGAACAGAGACUGCAAGAACAAAAGCGGCGAACUGCGCGCAGUAAGAACCAGAAUUCAGGACGCAGUGGUCAGAGUGGAGCCCUGAAACCACAAACCAGGAACACCAACCCACUGAUCAGUGGCCCCAAUAAGGCCAUUAAAAUAAGAAAUGGCCAGAAAGAAAUUAACCCCAAAAAAGUAUGAGUGUGAAAUUCCCUAAAGGAUGGACUUUCCCUGCCCGACAAGGGUCACAAUCUGGCUUGGUCAGCGUAUUUUAUGAAUCUGGAACUCCUCAACUUAAAAAAUCAUGUCAAUUUCUAUAUAGACCUUUUUGCUGCACUUUACUGUUACAAGGUUUGUUUAUCCUUUCAAGUCACUGCAAGCCAUAGAGCAUAGGUUUGCACUAAUAUGAGGUAGGCAUAUUCCAGCUGACUGAGCUUUAUCUUUGGGCUCUGAUUUCCCAUCUAGAUAGAACUAGCCUUGGCUGCCAGAGGUUUUGACCCCUUGUACCAGUUGCCUGGUCUGCUUUCGUGCCAGACGUUGGAGAGCUGCAUGGCAUUUCUCCUCAGCUGGUGUAGUAGUAGUCUGUGAGUUAGUCUGUGAAUUCCUUGGGAGCUCACUAGACUCUGCAGCUGAGGAACAGAAGAAGGAUGGUAAUAUCUGGCAGAUUAUCUCAGGCAGCAAUGACUGCAGCUGUUGGAGCUGAACCUAUCUGCUGUGUGGAAUCACAGCCCUUGUUCAGAGUGUUCAAAAGCAUAGUUUACCAUUAAGCAUCUGGGUAUGCAUUAUGUGAUUAUUUUUAUGUGAGUGCCGAAAAUAUGCUAACAGUGAUAGUAUUUGAUCAUGUGGGUUUGUGUAGUAAAAAUGCAUUCAAAGCAGACAUUUUUUAUUGUACUUCAGGCUGGCUUCUGUUGUUCUAAUUUCAAAUAUAUUUAAACAUAUAAUUGAAAAAUCCAUAUUUUUUGAAUGGACAGAUUAAAGUGAACAGAUCUGUAGAAUUCUUAAAAGUUUUAACACAUUUGCUGUAAUAUAGCUAUGCUAUGAAAACUGGAAUAGAAGCUUUAUUCUAAAGAUAACUGACAGCUACUGUACAGUAUUAAGGAGAAGAUAGGGCUUCAAGUGACUCAGUAAUAAUUUGGAUAACUUUUUAUCAUUUGAUACC